AUGCUUUCUGUGCUUGGACUCCCACCCCCCAUCUCGGCCAUGGAGCUUCUUCUGGCAUCUGCUAUCUUCUGCCUGGUGUUCUGGGUGGUCAGGGCCUCGAGGCCUCAGGUCCCCAAAGGCCUGAAGAGCCCACCAGGGCCAUGGGGCUGGCCCCUGAUCGGGCAUGUGCUGACCCUGGGGAAGAGCCCGCACCUGGCACUGGCCAGGCUGAGCCAGCAGUACGGGGACGUGCUGCAGAUCCGCCUUGGCUCCACGCCUGUGCUGGUGCUGAGCGGCCUGGACACCAUCCGGCAGGCCCUGGUGCGGCAGGGUGAUGAUUUCAAGGGCCGGCCCGACUUCUACACCUUCACCUUCAUCAGUGGUGGCCAGAGCAUGACCUUCAGCCCAGACUCCGGACCGGUAUGGGCUGCCCGCCGGCGCCUGGCCCAGAAUGCCCUCAAGGCCUUCUCCAUUGCCUCCGACCCGACUUCCUCGUCCUCCUGCUACCUGGAGGAGCAUGUGAGCAAGGAGGCUGAGUACCUAAUCAGCAAGUUCCAGGAGCUGAUGGCAGGGGCUGGACACUUUGACCCCCAUAGGUAUGUGGUUGUGUCAGUGGCCAAUGUCAUCUGUGCUAUAUGCUUUGGCCGGCGCUAUGACCAUGACAACCAAGAACUGCUUAGCAUAGUCAACCUGAAUAAUGAGUUUGGGGAGGUGGUGGCCUCAGGAAACUCAGCUGACUUCUUCCCCAUCCUCCGCUACCUGCCCAACUCUGCCCUGGAUGCCUACAAGGACCUGAAUAAGAAGUUCUACGGCUUCAUGCAGAAGAUGGUCAAGGAGCAUUACAAAACAUUUGAGAAGGGCCAUAUCAAGGACAUCACAGAUAGCCUGAUUGAGCACUGUCAGGACAAGAAGCUGGAUGAGAACGCCAACAUUCAGCUGUCGGAUGAGAAGAUCAUUAACGUUGUCUCGGAUAUCUUUGGAGCCGGGUUUGACACAGUCACAACUGCCAUCUCCUGGAGCCUAAUGUACUUGGUGAUGAACCCCAGGAUACAGAGAAAGAUCCAGGAGGAGCUGGACGCAGUGAUCGGCAGGGCGCGGCGGCCCCGGCUGUCUGACAGGCCCCAGCUGCCCUACUUGGAGGCCUUCAUUCUGGAGACCUUCCGACACUCCUCCUUCAUCCCUUUCACCAUCCCCCACUGCACCACGAGAGACACAAGUUUGAAUGGCUUUUACAUCCCCAAGGGGCAUUGUGUCUUUGUGAACCAGUGGCAGAUCAACCAUGACCAGAAGCUGUGGGGUGACCCAUUCGAGUUCCGGCCCGAGCGAUUUCUCACCCCUGAUGGCAUUAUCAAUAAGGCGCUGAGUGAGAAGGUGAUUCUCUUUGGCUUGGGCAAGCGGAAGUGCAUCGGGGAGACCAUUGGCCGCUUGGAGGUCUUUCUUUUCCUGGCCACCCUGCUGCAGCAGGUGGAAUUCAGUGUGUUGCCAGGCAUGAAGGUGGACAUGACGCCCAUCUAUGGGCUGAGCAUGAGGUAUGCCCGUUGUGAGCACUUCCAAGUGCAUAUGCGCUCGUAG